AUGUCUCUCCGUGAUCUUGGUUGUGGAGGUUCGGAUGCUGGUCUGCAGGGCGCUGCUCAGGCGAGGCCUUUCUCCCUCCCUCGCCGCCGCUGCUCUAUCCUUCUCCCCACCUUUUUCUCUUUUCUCACUGAACAAACGAAGAAAAAACCCCAGCGCUGCCGUCCCUGCAUCUCCGUCGGCCCGCUGCUUCCGGCCGUCCCCAGCCACGCCGUCGCCACCAAUAUCUCCACCUCGUCGUGCUCUUCCUCUGGGUACAAGGAAUCUCUCCGGGAGGCCCUAAAUCAAGCACAGGCUCGCCGUUCCUUCUCCGACUCCGGCGAGGAAAUCAGAGUUUCCGGCGCCAUCGCUUCUUCCCCGUCGCCGUCGAGCACUCCACUGUCUUCCUGGUCGCCACCAUGCUCAUCGCCUCGUCCAAGACCGAGCUCCUCCUCAUUCGCCCGUGUCCUACUUCGUCUCCCGGCGUCGCGGAUCGUCCCGAGCCAUUCGCCUUCAUCAGCCCUCCCUAGGUAUGAAGAUAUGUUCGAUGAAGACGACAUUAGCAAGGCGAUGUCCAUGCAUAACCCGUCCAUGUUUUAUCGUAUAGCAGGAAAGCGUAUAAAAUACGCGCGCGCGCGCACUGUCCGAAAGCGAUCGUUCAGCAAGGCUUCGGAGGUUGACCGCCACCUAGAGUAG